AGUCGACACAUCCUUUUCCGUCUCAAGCCACACACUAAACACACAGGCGCUGUAUGCUCAUCCCCAGGACAACAAAACACCCAGACAGAAACAAAAAUAACCAAAAUCAAAUUGCUGCAGCGCACCAUGGCCCAGGAUGGGGUGAUACUGCAAUUCAACUUUCCCACAUUCGGGGACUCCAUGCUUCAAAAGAUGGAUGCUCUUCGUCGAGACAAACGCUUCUGUGAUGUUGUGGUCCGCAUCAAUGACUUGGAAGUGCCUGGACACAAAGUGGUCUUUGCCGCUGGCUCCCCUUUCCUUAGAGACCAGUUUGUCCUUCAGGACUCUCGUGAAGUGCAAAUAUCUACACAGCAGGACGCAGAGGUUGGACAGAGGCUUCUCCUGUCCUGCUACACAGGGACACUGGAGUUCCCGGAGCUUGAAUUAGUACACUAUUUAACAGUUGCUAGUUUCCUACAGAUGGGUCAUAUUGUAGAGCAGUGCACCGAAGCUCUCAAUAAAUUCAUAAAACCACACGAGGUCAAAGGCGAGCGUGCAUCAUCUCGACAGCCAUCGAACUUCAGCUCACAGCGUGGCCGACCGGCUGCGGAGACAGCAUGUGAUGAAGAGGAUGAGGCGGACAAUGAUGGAGAAGAUGACUUUGAUGAUGAUGAUGACGAUGAUGAUGUAAUAAUACAGCCCAAGUCUCCAGCUGUGUUUAGAAACUCUGAGAGCAACAGCAGAGGAGAGGAGAGUCCCAUCAGCAUCGUUAAGGUGGAGUCAAUAGAUGAGCGAAUGCCUGAUAACUUUCAGAGUCGCGCAAGUCGCUCGCCAACACUGCGCUCACCUGAGCCACAACACUCCCUAAUAAACUCCACAGUGGAAACCCGGCCCGCCGAAAUCGCUGUCAAGCCCACAGCUGAAUAUUCGCUGUCCCCACCUGGACCCAGUGGCUCGGGGAAAGGGAAUCUUUGGGGAUGCUCAAGGAAUGCCGAUAAGAGUAUGCAGUGGUACCACCAGUGCCCGAAAUGUGCUCGCGUGUUCCGUCAGCUGGAGAACUACGCCAACCAUCUGAAGAUGCACAAGCUGUUCAUGUGCCUCCUGUGUGGAAAAACAUUUACCCAGAAAGGAAACCUGCACCGGCACAUGCGUGUCCACGCCGGCAUCAAACCCUUCCAAUGUAAGAUCUGUGGAAAGACUUUUACUCAGAAGUGCUCGCUGCUAGACCACCUGAACCUUCACAGUGGGGACAAACCACACCGUUGCAAUUACUGCGACAUGGUGUUUGCACAUAAACCAGUUCUCCGUAAACACCUGAAGCAGAUCCAUGGAAAAAACAGUUUUGAUAAUGCCAAUGAAGGCAGCUUGCUGGAAGGAAUAUAAAAUCAUAUUGUUGUCUAAAUAAAUUCUAUUAAUAUACAUGAUGCAGACAUAAUUCUGUAUAACAGUGGUUCUCAACUAGGAGGUCUGUUCUCAGUAAGGACGAUAAUUAUAACGAUAAAGAUAUCAUUUUUAAAUGUAAACGAAUAGCUGAGUGCACACCAGUACUAUAACAAUGGCGACUCAUUGGAACAAUAUUGUUGGAAUCACUUUCACUAUUUUUUUUUUUUUUCACAAAUUCAUUUUCCAAUGAUAUACGAUUAAAACAUUGACAGCCAAUCAGAAUCCAUUCAGUUUAAAAAAAAAGCACACAUUUAAAGCAGCCAACUGCAGGACUGCAUUGCACACAUCACAGAUAAUAUUAAUUAAAAUUCUAAAAACCAACAAAAACAAAGAUUAACUUGUUGCAUUUUUUAUUAUUUAUUUUAAAGAAAGGAUCAGGGGUACAUCAUUAACACAGGUACAUCAAAUAAGACAAAAAAGAUUGUGAACCACUGCUGUAAAUGAAUACACUAAAUUACAAUAAUGAAGUGUCCGCUGAUUGGUAGAUACAUGUAAAAUCAAAGUCAGGUUUAAUAUCAUUUUCUUUUUGCAUAUUGCAGAUCAAGGGAAAUGUAUUGAGUUGAUUUUGAAUGCUGCUGUGGCAUCAUUUGGCUGUGUUUUAUCUUUUGUAAAGAUUAAAAUAGAUUUAAGUAUAUCUGAUCAGACCAUAUUUCAGUUUUGAAUGCUAAUGUAUAACUUCCUCAGUUGCAGACAGCUGUAUUUGAACACUGUUGUGCAACUCUUUGUCUGUAAUAAAUGUUUCCAUGCUUCCAUCUGUGUAAAUAUGCCAGAAUCUGGAGAAAAUUGCUGGCUCACUAAUAAAUAACUGCAGAUACUGCAUGAAAUGUG